AUGUCCAGUGGCUUGGGACUCCUCACCCCUCGCCCAGCCCGAAGGAGCGGCUGGUUGGCAAGUGUCCUCGCCCACCACUUGGGUUCAGAGACCGACACAGUGGACAAUGAGGUGGUGGUGUUGGCCACAGGGAUCGAUCAAUAUCUACAGGAGAUUUUCCACCAUCUGAACUACGAAGGCGAUGGAUUCAUCUCCAGCGAGGACUUCCUACUCUUGUGCUCGGUGCUGGGUUUGGAGGGUCAAAGCGAUGAGAUAGGACAUGGACAUGAACUUGGAGAUGGACAAGCCACUGACUUGCCCAGGGAACUGGCUUUCAAAGACUUCCACGCCAGGCUGUGUGGUUAUUUCUUCAAGAAAUCGGGGCAGAAUCCAGAAAGGUUACCCGUGGGUAAGGAGACGGAACACGUGGAAAGGCAGAUCCAGCUGAGGUGUCCUCGCAUCAGGAGGGGGAGGAGGAACUGUGUCCCCUUUGAUCUGGCCAAGGCCUGGAUGGAGAAGGAGAUGGAGAGGCCCAGGGCCCGAGGGCAAAGGCAGAAACCUCAGCAACUCCUCAAACAGGAGGACAACCUGCAUCCGUGCUCGGAGGAGCAGGGAGAGGACUGCCUGGCCAGGCUGGAGUUGGAGUUGGAGAACGCCAGCCUCAGAGAAUUGGUGGAGGACCUUCGAGGUUCUCUGCAGAGCAGCGACGCUCGCUGCUUGGCACUUGAGGUUGCUUUGCGCAAGAUCCACGGCGCCCAUGAUCCCCAAACUUGGCCCAGAAGGAGAGAGCAAAGGGCCGGAGGAGGGGAGGAAAUCUCGUCGGCCAGACAGCAAACUAGAGGGUGUAAGAGCCUGCUCCGGGAGUUGGAGCUGAUCCGGUCCUCUAGAGACGGGCAGAUCAGCGAGGCCAUGCGCUUCAACCAGCAGGUCGAGGAGGAGUUGAAGGAGACUCAGGGGCGGCUGCUGAAAUGGGAGCAGUGGCUGAGGGAGAUGAGGAGGAAGGCGGAGGAGGGGAGGCGAGCUCUGGUGAUGGGGCUGGAGACAGUGAAGGACCUGGAGAGCAGAGCCAACCUGGUGCCUGACCUACGAAGCAAAGUCCUACAGCUGGAGCUGGAGCUCAAUGGCUACAGGUCACAAGGAGUUGGAGCUGACCAGGUUCCGGCUUUUCCGGGCUGUUCCCCGCUCCACCAGGAACGCUGUGGCUCCUACCCCCAACCAUCCCGGAGAAUCCCAGCUGGGAAAGCCAACCCCUCCUCGGAGAGCAGUGUGGAACAUUUGCUGAGAGCUGUGGAGGGCCGUGCAGCAUCUGAUGAGGAAGAGGAGGAGGAGGAAAGGUGCACAGAGGAGCAGAGUCAUCAGGCCACGGAGCUCAGGAGAGUCCUGCACCCGGCCAGCUGCUGUGAGGAAGGGUGCCAGAGCCACGGCAUCCGGCAGAUCCUGUCUUGCAACUGCUGCUGGCGUGGCAAUGCGGACGUCUCCUCCGCGAGGGAAGAGAGGAGGAAACUCGCAGCCGAGCUCAAGGCAAGGGACGGACGAGCGCAGGAGCUGGAGAGUGAGAUAGAGAAGUUGACCUGCUCGAUGGCCAAGGAGCUACAGCUAAAGGGGGAGGAGGUGGAGAUGCUGCGGAUGGAGCUGCAGAUGGUGGAGACCGAUCGGGUGCGACUCUCGUUGGUCGAAGAGAAACUGACCGAUGUUCUCCAGCUGCUCCGACACCUCCAGGUCCUGAACAUUUCCAGACGGUCGCUGGGGAAGAUUUUGCUGAACACCCUGAACGCCUGCUACGUGCCCGGACACGAGACAUCGAGCUCCCUGGACGUGCUGAACUCUCUCAGCAAAGAGCUCCUCUCGUGCGAGUUACUGUCUGACAUGACAGCGCAGAGAAAACAGCAGCAACUGGAAAACUCCCUGAUCAUAUCGUGUUAGCAGAAAGAGAACUGUAAACCUCUGCACCUUGCUUCCAUCCCUUAUCCUGUUCUGGUCAGAAAGCCUUUGACUUUAAAAUCUGUGCUC